GCGCCAGCGCCAGCGCCGGCGCCAGCAGCGCCCAGCACACCCAGCAAGCCGCCGAUCGGGCCCAAGCCGCGCGUGGCGCCCCGCCGCGGGACGGCGCCGUCCGAGGCGCCGGUCACCGCCGUCGUCGCCACACCAGAGGCUCAGCGUCUGGAGCCGGGGCCGGCGCCGGCCGCCGACACCCCCUCCCCACAGCCGAUGACGUUCUCGGCCAUGAAGCGGUUCUUCGAGACCGAAGUGCGCUCUCAGAAGGAGCCCACGCCCAAGGCCGAGAAGCGGUUUACGUUCUUGAGCUCCGACGAAGUGGAGCGGAUGAGACAGGAGGAAGAGGAGAAGUUCGGCACGAUGACGGCCGAGGAGUUUGAGAGCCACCUCGAGGGCCACCUGGUGGUACCCGACUCGGCCGAGAACAGCGUGCACGUGCUGGCCGAGGAGCUGGGCGCUUCGGAGCAUGACAGCCACCCGGCGCAGGCGCCCGCCACCGCCGACCGGCCGCGCAUGAUGACGGCCAAGGCCGAGCGCCGCCUGCGGGAGAGUGCCGGAAACGCAGCCUCCGCCGACGAGCAACAGAUGUCGCCGGCCGAGUGGCGCGCGCUGCAGGCCGAGAAGCGCGCCGCCUGGCGGCAGGCGCGGCUUAAGUCGCUCGAGCAGGACGCGCUGCAGGCGCAGAUCGUGAUCCGCAAGAUGAGCGAGCUGACAGAGACGCCUGAGGUCGAGCCGCCGGCCGCCGUCGACGGCGACAACAACCCGGUGUCGGCGCCGGCCGACAACAACGCCAACAGUACCGGCACGGACUCGGACGACAGCGGAGAGGAGAGGUCGCCCAGCCCCGCCUCCGGUGUCGAGCCGAACGAGAACAAAACCAAGCGGCGGCGGCGGAAGCGAUAGGCGGCCGCCGCGAGCCCGCGCGCGCGUGUGUGUUUUAUCAGAGCGACAUGUUAACGCGUUCCUUUAAUCCGGACUUGUGCCGCGGCGGCGGGCGGCUCCGUUGUACUAACAGUCGGCCGCGCUCUCCUGCGGCCGCGCGGCGCGCUCAUCUCAUAAUGCAUCGGCCUGCCGGGGCGCGGGCGGGUGCGGCGCCGCGGCGGCCGCCGGAGCGGGCUGCGCGAGCGGUGGUGGUAGGGGCCCGUCUCUGCUGUGUGCGCUUUUAUCUUGGCCGCGUGUGGGAGAGUGCGCCUUGAAGGCCUGGUCGUUGGACGAAGUCAGGACGCGUGUGGGAGUGCGCGUGUGCGUGUGGCUGAGUGGCGUUUGUAACACGGGACCAGACGAACAAUCUUCCAAAUAUAUACCAUUGCUUGGU